GCCUCCGAGGAGGCGACCUGCUGCCCUCACGUCCUGCAGAGCUGAGGCGGGGACGGCGGGAGUAGAGGCAGUGCAGGCCUUUCCUGCGCCUGCCGGCGCGGGGACUCUUACUGCAGCAAGGAGCCCGGAGCUGGGCUGCCCCGCCGACCUCGCUAAGCGAGAGAGAGAGGGACCGCCCGGCUGCGGGAGCUCACCCGCACCCACCCCCAUGCCUGUCCCGUCCUUGCCAGGCAGCACUCCCCGCUCUCGUCCUCUCCGUCAGGCCAGGUCCUCUGCCCCGAGAUGCCUCCUAACCUCACCGGCUAUUACCGCUUCGUCUCUCAAGAGAAUAUGGACAAUUACCUGCGGGCUUUAGAUAUCAAUGUGGUCCUGCGGAAACUGGUUUGCCUCCUGAAGCCCGAUAAAGAGAUCAUCCACACGGGAGAUCACAUGAUCAUCCGCACAAUCACCUCCCUGAGAGACUAUGUGAUGGAUUUUGACUUGGGAGUCCAGUUUGAGGAAGACCUGGGACCUGUAGAUGGACGCAAGUGCCAGACAACUGUCUCCUGGGAAGGUGAUCAGCUGGUGUGUGAGCAGCUAGGAGAGAAGAAGAACAGAGGCUGGAGGCACUGGCUGAAUGGGGAUCUGCUGCAUCUGCGCAUGACGGCUGAGGAUGAGGUUUGUGUUCAGGUCUUUCAGAAAGUGAAGUGACUGCUUCUCUGGUCCCAGCCCGACCGUCAGCAGGAGCAGCCCAAGCUGGAUCCUCACUUUCAAGAGCAGACUCCCCACGGAUUAAAAAAACAGCAAGAUGCAAGUGGGCUGA